AUGCGGGACAGGCACUCGAUCUCGAGCUUCCACUGUAACAUGGAAGUGUUUGGACUAGGAGUCGUGCUGAUGUUGACAAACUGGAUGUCUGUGGAUGACCACCUUGGUCCAGCUACUAUUGUCAACGACGUUGCCGACUGCCUUGUCCACUGCUACCAGAACGUCACGUGUUCGGGAGUGUUUUAUGACGAUGUUGGAAAACUGUGUUACUCGUCUCUAAAAGUCCAUAGUACCGCAAACCGACUUGUCUCUGAUGCUGGCGUCAAACAUUAUGGCUUUACGGCAGGAGCGUGUCCGUAUUCUAAAGGCUACACAUAUUUUAGAGGGGCCCAAAUCUGCAUGAAGAGAAUAAUCCCAGAUAAGGCUACCCAUGAUGGCGCUGGAGACAAGUGCCAGGAGGAUGGAGGGAGGCUGGUUCAUCCACAGAGCCCCAUCCACCAAGUUGUCAUGUACAGCUCGUACUUUGGGUGUUUCUGGAUUGGUGGAUACAGGGACGUGAGUAACGACACCUACUGGUGGUCAGAUGGAAGCGCCAUUACUUAUCUCCCUUGGCUGCCCACCUAUCCACGUUCCUCGACUACCUUGGUGAAGCUGGCAGCAUGCGAGGACGGCUGGAAGACCGUGAGCUCCACCCACGAGCUGAGGUACAUGUGUGAAAUACCCUUUCACACACACGUGUGCCCACAGUAAAGACCCUUGUCUGACCUACUGCGCUGAUAGACCCAUGAAGAUCAGGGAUACGAACUGAUCUUCAGUA